GCCUCUUACGGAAACACCGUGUGUAUCUUUGAGCCCCUUGGGGUAAAUUCUCAUAAGAGAAAUUGUCAACUGAAGUGUCAAUGGCUGAAAACUGGACAGUUUUUCCUCAGUUCCAUGACCUUCAACUUGGCAUGGGAUCCUCAAGGUAAUCGCUUGCUCACUGCAACGGAUAAUUUGCAACUGUGGGCCCCUCCAGCGAACGAUGUGCUGGAAGAAGAAGAAGAGGAAGGGGAAGAAAAUCCUGACAUUGGGAUCAAAGAUGAUAAAAACCAUCCUGUUCUAAAUGACUGGAAAUGCAUCUGGCAAUGCAAGACAGCUGUUUCUGUACACUUGAUGGAAUGGUCCCCAGAUGGUGAAUACUUUGCAACAGCUGGGAAGGAUGACUGUCUCUUAAAAGUCUGGUAUGCAAAGAUGGGCUGGAAAUCAUCUCUCCUUCCCCAGGAGGGAGAUGAAACCCGAAAGACUUCUCCAUCUGUCUAUUUUGCAUUUGUCUACCUUUCACAUCCUCGAGCAGUGACGGGAUUUUCCUGGCGACACACUAGCAAGUUUAUGCCCAGGGGGUCUGUUUGCAACGUUCUCCUGACUUCGUGUCAGGAUGGCAUUUGCCGGCUCUGGGCGGAGACGUUGCUGCCUGAAGAUACGCUUCUGGGGGAGCAGAUCUGUGAAACAAGCACGUCGAGCAUCAGCUCCAGCACCAGCUUCUCGCGUUCAGGAAGGCACAAGGACAACAUUCAGCAUGCUUUAGAAACAAUCCAUCAUCUGAAAAACUUGAGGAAGGGUCAGCGAAGAUCUUCGGUGCUUAUCACUCACGCAGAAGACCUACCCAACCAAUUGGGAAUCCAUGAAGUGCAGCGACAUAUUUCUCACCAUGCUAACGCACUCUGCCAUUUCCACAUCGCAGCAAGCAUUAAUCCCAACACUGAUAUUCCACCAGCAUUGGUGAAGACUGCUUUACAUUUAGACGAAGGCAACGAAGGCUUUGUGGUUCAUUGGCUAAAUAAUAAGGAAUUCCAUUUUACAUCUUCAACGGAAAUAUUUAUGCAGCACUUGCGAGAAUUGACAGACCAGCAGAUCAAAGGAGCAGAAGAAGAUGCUGUUGAAAGAGAAGAUGAAGAGAAAGAGAAAGGUUUACUCAUGAAACUUGAUCAUGAGUUGUCUCUCGACAGAGAAUCUGAAACAGGGACUGGAUCUUCAGAUCAUGAUGAUGGAGACAAGGAGGGAAGUCCCAAAAUUAUUUCUCCAGCUGCUUCACCGGUUCCACUUCCUACUAUCUUACUCGACCGAAAGAUCGAGUUGCUGCUUAAAGAGUGGAACCAGAAUCCAGAUAUGCUCUUCACCAUUCAUCCCGUGGAUGGUACCUUUCUAGUGUGGCAUGUGAAACAUCUAGAUGAAUACAACCCGGGCAUCUUUCGACAAGUUCAGGUUUCGUUUUCUUCUCAGAUCCCUGUGGCCUUUCCAUCGGGCGACGCCAGCUCCCUCAGCAAACACAUCAUGAUGUACGCCUGCCCGACCUUCGCAAAGGAAAGCAGCAGCGUCCCAGCACGGAAGAGAACUAGCAUUUCGGGCAGCCUGUCUGGAUGCAGACUGAGCAGGUUUCAAGAUCGGUCAAGUGGAAACCUGUGCACUCCCACAGUCAUGAUGGUCUCCAAACACAUCGAUGGCUCGCUAAAUCAGUGGGCGGUUUCUUUUGCAGAUAAAUCCGCCUUUACCGCUGUCCACACUGUAACUCACAAGUUCCGGUAUUGCGGCCACCGGUUUCAUCUCAACGGCCUGGCUUGCCAUUCGGUGCUGCCGCUGCUGCUGACCUCAUCCCACCACAAUGCUCUCCUCACUCCCGAGGCGGAUCCCCCGUGGGACUUGGGAGGAUUAAAUAAAACAGUGGAUCCCACAUAUCCCAUCCUGAGAGCCCCAUCCAGGCAGCAUUUGCAAAACGCAGCCACCCGUGCGUUCCACAACCCCGAUGCAAUCUACAGUGAGCUGAUUCUCUGGCGAGUGGACCCCAUCGGGCCUUUGUCCUACACAGGAGGAGUAUCAGAACUGGCGCGCAUUAAUUCUCUCCAUACCUCUGCUUUCUCGAACGUGGCCUGGCUCCCAACUCUUAUCCCUAGUUAUUGUCUGGGGACAUACUGCAAUUCUGCCAGUGCCUGCUUUGUGGCAUCAGAUGGGAAGAACCUGAGGCUGUAUCAGGCUGUGGUAGAUGCCCGGAAGCUUUUAGAUGAGCUCAGUGACCCCGGGGCCUCUAAACUUAUUGGAGAAGUGUUUAACAUUGUAAGCCAGCAGUCAACAGCUCGACCAGGAUGCAUUAUUGAACUGGAUGUCAUAACUGACCAGUGUGGUUCAAACACACAAUUACUUCACGUCUUUCAAGAGGACUUCAUUUUGGGAUACAAGCCGCAGAAGGAAGAGGUGGAGCGGAAGGAAACAGAGAUAUUUUUCCAACCUUCUAAAGGCUAUCGGCCACCACCCUUCUCUGAAAAGUUUUACCUAAUUGUAAUUGAGAAGGACACCAAUGGCUACUCAAUACUUCACAUGUGGCAUUUACACCUUAAGUCUGUCCAAGCAUGUUUAGGACCAUCUGCUGAUGUUCAUUCAGUGGGACACCAAUUAGCUGUUCCUGGGCAACCAGUAGCUGAUUCUUCUCCAGAGACUUCACCUGGCACAACUCCAAUGCUGCGUUCUUCAUCGGUGGCUAACCUUCAGACAGCUAGUAAACUUAUACUGAGUUCUAGCCUGGUUUACAGUUACCCAUUGGAUCUGCCACCUGGUGUGGAGGUUGUACGAGCUACUCCUUCUGCAGGGCAUCUAAGCUCAUCGUCCAUCUAUCCUGUCUGCCUGGCCCCUUACUUGUUGGUAACGUCUUGUUCAGACAACAAAGUACGAUUCUGGAGGUGUUCCGUAGAGGCUACAGAAAACAGCCAAGGUGAAACAAAAGAAACCUAUCACUGGAAACAGUGGCCUUUGAUGAACGAAGAGCAAGAAGAUGCCAGCAGCACCGUUUGCAUAGUGGGAAGACCAGUAGCAGUUAGCUGUUCUUACACUGGUCGCUUGGCCGUAGCUUACAAGCAGCCAAUUCAGCAGAGUGGAUUUGUUUCCAAAGAAUUUUCGAUGCAUGUGUGUAUAUUUGAGUGUGAAUCUACUGGAGGAUCAGAAUGGGUUUUGGAGCAGACCAUUCAUCUGGAUGACCUAGUUAAAGUUGGGAGCGUCCUGGAUUCAAGGGUUAGUGUAGACAGUAACUUAUUUGUGUACAGUAAAUCCGAAAUCUUUUUGAAUAAGGACCGGUACCUUAUACCAAACAUCAAACAUCUGGUACACUUGGACUGGGUUUCCAAGGAAGAUGGUUCACAUAUACUUACAGUCGGGGUCGGUGCAAAUAUAUUCAUGUAUGGACGGCUCUCGGGAAUUGUGACUGAACAAACCAGCAGCAAGGAUGGUCUGGCUGUCAUUACUUUACCCCUAGGUGGGAGUAUCAAACAAGGCAUCAAGUCCAAAUGGGUACUUCUGCGAUCCAUUGAUUUGGUGUCUUCAGUAGAUGGCACCCCGUCCUUGCCUGUUUCUCUUUCUUGGGUAAGAGAUGGUAUCCUGGUUGUGGGAAUGGACUGUGAAAUGCAUGUCUAUGCUCAGUGGAAGCAUGCCAUAAAAUCAGGGAACGGGGAGAGCAAUGGUUUUCUACCUGACAGUUCCCCUGCUAAGGACCCACUCAAGGCUAGCUUUCUAGCCAAAAAAACCAGCAUCAUUGAUGGAGCAGGCAUUGUGGAUGAUGUUUUUGGAACCCCCACCGUCAUUCAGGAUGGCGGCCUUUUUGAAGCAGCCCAUGUUCUUUCACCAACCCUCCCACAGUAUCAUCCCACCCAGCUUCUAGAGCUGAUGGACUUGGGGAAAGUUCGCAGAGCAAAAGCUAUUCUGUCCCACCUUGUAAAAUGCAUUGCAGGGGAAGUUGCUAUCGUGAAGGACCCAGAAUCCACUGACGGUGGCUCCAAGCGCCAUCUGUCCCGUACUAUUAGUGUAAGCGGCAGCACGGCUAAAGAUGCAGUCACCACCGGGAAAGAAGGCACGCGGGAUUAUACAGAGAUUGAUUCUAUCCCCCCACUACCAUUGUAUGCCUUGCUUGCCGCAGAUCAAGAUUCCACAUACAAAACUGAGGAAGCUCCUAAACAAAUUCAGAACCUAGAAGAUCGUACUAAGAGGAAGGCUGAGGAUCAAUACUCAGAUCUUUUCCAGGUUCAGCAGGUUACAACAGAUGACUUUGUAGAUUUUGAGCCAGAGAGAAGAGAACAUAAAUCUAAAGUGAUUAACCUUUCUCAGUAUGGCCCAACAUACUUUGGCCAAGAGCAUGCAAGUGUGCUAUCAAGCCAUUUAAUGCACUCAAGUUUACCUGGACUCACUCGCCUAGAGCAAAUGUUUUUGGUAGCCCUAGCAGACACGGUAGCCACCACAAGUACUGAACUGGAUGAAAACCGAGACAAGCACUACUCAGGGAGAGACACUUUAGAUGAGUGUGGUCUGCGGUAUUUAUUAGCAAUGCGCUUACAUACCUGCCUUCUGACAUCCCUUCCACCUUUAUAUCGUGUUCAGUUACUUCAUCAAGGAGUUUCCACCUGCCACUUUGCUUGGGCUUUUCAUUCGGAAGCAGAGGAAGAACUGAUCAACAUGAUUCCCGCAAUUCAAAGAGGAGACCCCCAGUGGUCCGAACUGAGAGCCAUGGGGAUCGGCUGGUGGGUCAGGAACAUUAACACGCUUCGGCGGUGCAUGGAAAAGGUUGCAAAAGCCGCCUUCCAGAGGAACAAUGAUGCUCUGGAUGCUGCUCUUUUCUAUCUUGCCAUGAAGAAGAAGGCUGUGGUGUGGGGACUAUUUCGUUCCCAGCACGAUGAGAAAAUGACCCAGUUCUUCAGCCAUAACUUUGGUGAAGAUAGAUGGCGCAAAGCCGCCCUGAAGAAUGCCUUUGCUCUUCUGGGGAAGCAACGCUUUGAACAGUCAGCAGCUUUUUUCUUAUUAGCGGGGUCGUUAAAGGAUGCUAUAGAGGUGUGUCUUGAGAAGAUGGAAGACAUCCAGCUGGCUUUAAUAAUUGCUCGCUUGUAUGAGUCCGAGUUUGAAAUCUCGUCCACUUACACAGCCAUCCUUUAUGAAAAGAUUUUGGGCUGUAAGAAAGAUGGAACCGGGUUCUGUUGCACAAAAUUGCAUCCAGAUCCUUUCCUGAGAAGUCUGGCCUACUGGGUAGUGAAAGAGUAUUCAAGAGCCCUUGAUACCUUACUGGAACAAACACCCAAGGAAGAAGAUGAAAAUACAGUUAUUGUCAAAUCCUGCAAUCCCGUGGUGUUCAGUUUCUACAACUACCUGCGUACCCACCCUUUGCUCAUCCGAAGGAAUUUCUGCUCACCCGAUGGGACAUUAGCUACUUUGGGAUUGCAGGCAGAGAAAAAUUUUGUUGACAAGAUUAACCUCAUUGAAAGAAAGCUCUUCUUCACCACUGCAAAUGCUCAUUUUAAAGUAGGUUGCCCUGUCCUAGCCCUGGAAGUCCUUUCAAAGCUUCCCAAAAUAAGGAGCAAGUCCAUGCUUUCACCCAAGAAAGAGGAAUCCAGUCUGAGUCCAGUAAUGCAGAAUGGUGUGAAAAUAGACCCAAAGGUAUUAGAUGAAGGUAGCACUGUAGGUUGGUCACAGCCAGUGGACACUACAGAAUCUUCAUCCCUGAUUGACUGGAGCAAACCAGUGAUAAUGUUUGAAGAUGAACCUCUGAAACUUGACUGGGAGAAUGACCAAAGCAGUUUGCCUGAGGAGGAAGAGGAGGAAGGUUUGCUAAUGAACGAUUUGAAAGCAGACCUGGAAAGUAAAGAGCAAGAGGGAAAAAGCCCUGACCCCAGUCAAGGCGAGGAGGGUGAAGCCGACAAAAUGGAGGUCGAUGUGAUUGCUGAACAGCUCAAGUUCCGGGCCUGUUUAAAAAUCCUCAUGACAGAGCUGAGAACGUUGGCCACCGGCUAUGAAGUAGAUGGUGGGAAACUCCGCUUCCAGUUGUACAACUGGCUGGAGAAAGAAAUUGCUGCCUUGCAUGAAAUUUGCAACCACAAGGCCCAGGGCAAAGAUGACUGUCAGACCGAUAGCCAGGUCAGCGGGGAUCUCUUAGGUCACCAAGAGAUGGGGGAGAAGAUGGCAAUGGGCUCCUAUGAGUGGCAUCAGAUUGAGCGGCGACGGUUACAAGCCAAGCGGGAGCAUGCCGAGCGGCGGAAAUGGUGGCUUCAGAAAAACCAGGCACUUCUCCGGGUUUUCCUAAGCUAUUGCAGCCUUCAUGGGGCACAAGGAGGUGGUCUGGCUUCCGUAAGAAUGGAGCUGAAGUUCUUGUUGCAGGAGUCUCAGCAGGAAACUACUGUCAAACAGCUACAGUCACCACUUCCACUCCCCACAACAUUACCACUACUUUCAGCCAGCAUUGCUUCCACAAAAACAGUGAUCGCCAAUCCCGUCCUCUACUUAAACAACCACAUCCAUGAUAUCCUCUACACUAUUGUCCAGAUGAAAAUGCCCCCACAUCCCAACGUCGAAGAUGUCAAGGUCCAUACUCUCUAUUCUUUAGCUGCUUCCCUUUCUGCAUCUAUUUAUCAAGCCUUAUGCGACAGCCAUAGCUACAGUCAGACAGAAACAAAUCAGUUCACAGGAAUGGUUUACCAAGGGCUACUGCUGAGCGACCGUCGCCGUCUGAGGACAGAGAGCAUCGAAGAACACGUCACACCGAAUUCGUUGCCUGCUCAGUGGCCUGGUGUGAGCUCCCUACUCAAUCUUUUAAGUACAGCUCAGGAUGAAGAUCACCCAAAGUUAAAUAUCUUGCUCUGUGAAGCUGUGGUGGCCGUGUACCUGAGUCUUCUGAUCCAUGCUCUUGCAACAAAUGCUUGCAAUGAAUUAUUCCGGCUGGCAGCCCAUCCUCUGAACAAUCGAAUGUGGGCAGCAGUCUUUGGAGGAGGAGUGAAACUUGUGAUUAAACCCAGACGGCUAUCAGAAAAUAUUCCAGCCCCUCCAGUCCCUUCAGAAGACACAGAUAAGCAUCGCCGGAGAUUCAACAUGAGAAUGCUGGUGCCUGGGAGACCUGUCAAGGAGAGCGUGGUCCCUCCCCCGGUCCCUGCAGAAAGACCUUCUUACAAAGAAAAAUUCAUCCCCCCAGAGCUCAGCAUGUUAGACUAUUUUGUGGCUAAGCCCUUCCUUCCUUUUUCAGACAGUGGGGUGAUGUACGAUUCUGACGAAAGCAUUCAUAGCGAGGACGAAGAUGAGGAUGCUUUCCUCUCUGAUAUGCAAAUUCUGGAGCACAAGGAUGCCAGUUCAUACAGCUGGGGCCUUAUCCAUUUGGCAAUGGUAAAACUUGCUCUGAACAAUAUUAAGAACUUUUUCCCCAUUACUGGCUUGGAAUUAUCUGAGCUUCCCGUCACGUCACCUCUGGGUACUGCUGUGAUUAAAAAUUUGGAAAACUGGGAACAGAUCCUGCAAGAACGAAUGAACCACUUUGAAGGUCCCCCACCAGAUUACAUCAAUACCUGUUUCCCUGAACUUGGGACGGGAGCCGGAGCAGCCGCAGCCCGAAUUAAAGCAAUGGUUGAUCCUGAAAACACACCAUUUAAAUCAAAAGAUUAUUCAGCAUUGCCAGCUAAGAGACUGUGGCAUUUUCUGGUGAAACAAGAACUAUUGCAAGAUACUUUCAUUCGAUACACAUUCACCAAAAAGAGAAAGCAAAGUGAGUCUGUGGAAGACCGUGAGGAGCAGGUCACAAAACAGAGCAGCGUAGCAGAAGAUGGCAAAGCCAAGGUGGAGGCAGAACUAGGCUACCCAGGAGGAAGAGCCAAAAUUAUACACAAGGAAUCAGAUAUGAUCCUGGCAUUUGCAGUGAAUAAGGCAAACAUCAAUGAGAUCGUUUUAGCGUCUACCCACGAUGUGCAAGAACUGGACGUCUCGGCUCUCUUGGCCGCGCAGCCAUACAUAUGGAUUGGAGAAGAGUUUGACAGGGAAUCCAAAAGUUCAGAUGAUGUUGAUUUUCGCGGUUCCACCACCACACUUACCCAGCCUAGCGCUGCAUCUUUUGCAGUGGCUCAGAUGCAGCAUGUUUCAAAUUUGUCAACUUCGUCAAUGCCGUGGUUGGGGAGUGGGCAGACUAGUACCGGAGCUGGUAUACUCAUCAAACGGAAUUUGAACAACGUCAAAAGAAUGACUUCUCACCCGAUCCAUCAAUAUUAUCUUACUGGAGCCCAGGAUGGCAGCGUCCGAAUGUUUGAAUGGACCAGACCCCAGCAGUUGGUGUGCUUCCGGCAAGCAGGCAACGCCAGGGUUACUAGAAUGUAUUUCAAUUCUCAGGGCAAUAAGUGUGGGGUAGCCGAUGGAGAGGGAUUCUUGAGUAUUUGGCAAGUAAACCAAACUUCAAGUAAUCCUAAACCCUAUCUGAGCUGGCAGUGCCACAGCAAAACCACAAGUGACUUUGCCUUCAUUACCUCUUCAAGUCUAGUAGCCACAUCUGGACAGUCCAAUGACAACCGGAAUGUGUGCUUGUGGGACACCUUGGUGUCAUCAUCCAACAACCUCAUACAUGCCUUCACAUGUCAUGAACAUGGCGCCACAGUGCUUCAGUACGCACCAAAACAUCAGCUGCUGAUUUCUGGAGGCAGGAAAGGACACAUAUCCAUCUUUGAUAUCCGGCAAAGGCAGGCCCUUCACACCUUUCAAGCCCAUGAUUCUGCAAUCAAGGCCCUCGCGUUGGACUCCUCAGAAGAGUGUUUCUGCACAGGUUCUGCAGAAGGCAACGUAAAGGUCUGGAGACUAACUGGCUAUGGUUUGAUCCAUUCCUUCAAACAUGAACAUGCUAAGCAGUCAAUCUUCCGUAACCUGAGCACAGGCGUCAUGCAGAUCGAAAUGGCCCAAGGCAAUCGCAUUUUCUCCUGUGGAGCAGACGGCACUCUCAAGAUGCGGGUUUUACCCAACGCUUUCAAUAUUCCCUCAAACCUUUGCGACAUUAUGUAGCCUUUGCAGUUGUCCCAUCAGAAGAAGGCCUGACCUUCCAUCAAGAGUUAAAGGAAUGCUUCCCUACAAUUGGCUUUCCAAGAAAUUAUUGCAACAUGUAAUACCAGUAUUGAAUUAGCAGGAAGAGCAAGGUUUGGAUUUACACACGCACGUUUGUCUUGGUCCAAGCACUGCAGCAGUGCUAUGGGGUCUACCAAACAGAGGCUGGUGGGGAAAGCAUGCCCUGUUUCAGAGUUAGAUUUCCCAGGGGACCCAUAGUUGGCCUUCUGACUCAAAGCCUUGUUCACUCACGUCAGCCCAAAGAGGCUUACAGUCUUGUAGUUGCAGCAAAUAUCUAAAAUAAGCUUUUUUUUCUCAGUGUCCUUCUUUGAACUGUCAAAUCCUACUCCCUCAAUUGAAGCAUGUCCGUUUCUUUUCUGGUUUUGAAAGGAUAUAAGGAUGUUUUGAGGGAGUGCAGUUUUUAGGGUGUUCUUUUUAUUCAUAAACAUUUCUUUGGGUCAUAUGACAAUGUGAUGAAUGCACUAUUUGUGGGCUAAUGUGCAAUGAGAAAUGAUCUGGUGGCUCAUGAGCUUUUUUAUUUAAUGCUGAGAUCCUUCCUCUUUUCCUCCAGUGACUCUCAAUGCUGGGGUGCUCUACAUCACGCAGUUCACAGAAUCAAUUUUGUGCAAUAUUUUGACAUGAGCUGCCUCAUUUCACCAUGCCCUUGAGGGAUAGAGCUGGAAAUUAAGCACUGUAAUACUCUCAAGAGAGGGAUGUUAUAGCAAAUGUGAUGCAGGAGAAGAGGACUUCUCUCUGUUCUGAAGACUCUUCAUCUCAUAGCACAUUCCACUUUUUGGAUUCCUCCUUUUCCCCCUAUUUAUUUUCAGCCUUUGCAUCAGGAAUGUAUUAUGGGCACCAAAAGUUUGCAAGAAACCAGAGCUUAUUUCUCACCAUCAGUUGAGUUUUAUUUGGGCCAGAAAAAAAACACACACAUACACACACACAACACUUUACUAAAUAAUGCUGUGGGAGAAUCCAGUAGCAAACCCACCUAAUGCACAUUUGAUAAACAUCAGCCUUCCACACGGCCAGCUAGUAAGUAAAGAGUUGACAAAUUUAAACCGAUUUCCGCAGCAUAUUGUAUAAACUAUGCAGAGGUCAAUCUUGUUUGCUUGUAAUAUAUUAGCUCGUUUGUCAGAUGUAUUUUUCUCUGUUCUAAACAAGCCAACACAUUCUUACUAAGAUAAACAGCUGAUGUCUGUGUAUUUCAGUGUUGACGAAUUGUAUUUUUUUUCUUCUCGUGUUUGUGUCUGUGCCGUACUGUACAAGAGAAACAGAAGCCGAUAGGAUAAAUUGCACCUUUGUCUAAAAGCAAUUUUAACUGCAAGCUGUGAAGUAUGUAUAUGAGAAGAACGCAAAUCUCAUUUGUUAGUUUUAUCUUUGUAAGUUAAAUAAAUUCCUUUUAUUUCACAGAACUCAGCUCGGGGGUGUGUAGCUGGCAUUUUAUCAGGAGGCUUUGGGCUAUUUUAACACUAAGACCUGCUUUUGAUGGGGUCCUUUUUGCCUAGAAAAAAAAAGUGAAUUACUUCAGAACCCCAGUUUGUUAAUGGAAUUCUUGCACCAUUUUUAUCCGCAUGGGAGGUUUUGGGGGCAAAAACUUUCCUCUUAUUAGGAUAACCUUUCUACCUUAAACUUCUGCUUUUUAUCAACUUCCAGCUGAUACCAUGUUAAACUGAAAUUCCUUCUCCUGGUGAUGCUAUUUAGUUUUAGUGUUUAUUUUUUUAAAUAUAGCUAGGUGCUGGAGGAAAGAAAUAUGCAAGCCUGCAAGCAGAAAGCUUUGAGCCAGUCUAAAGCAGAUUGCUCCCAAUAUAGUACCCCCUACAUGCUUACUGGAGAAUUCUGGGACUUGUAGUCCCAACCUAUUGGAAAGGAACCCAGCUGGAAAGGCUGGUCUACAGCAACUGGCAAGAUGAUGGAAGCUCCAAACUGAUUUUUUUAAGUCAUGGGCAAGAAGUCCUUGUAGGGAAAAUAGGGGAGGAGGGAGUUUGACCAAAGAAGUCCAGAAUUAAGGAGCAUAUCUUAAAGAGGCUCCUAAUUGAUAAAGAAAAGCCACUGGUGGUGUGUUUAACCCAUGUGAAUACAACUGCAUGGUGGAGAAAUUUGCUUUGACCAACAUGCUCCCAUGCCCUGGGGUGGGAAAAGCACAUUUCUACAGAGCACUCCACUAAUGCUUUAAGAUUAUUUCUUUUAUCCCAUCAUAACCUUGGCUUUGUAGUUUGGUGUGUUGCAAGCAUGUGGCCUUUGCGGCAACACAAACGCAAAGAUACUUAUUGGAUGGCAUAUGCCUGCCUUGGAUCAUUCCCCUAUCAGGCAACAGUAGGAUUACAGAGUAUGUUCAUGUGAAAUUCUUAUCACAACUGCCUUAAUAAGGGCUGAUUGGUACAGAUUCAUCCUCUCUCUACAAACCAGGUCACGAGAUCAUCAAACUUGCUCUGCAUCCUGACAUAGAUUUCUUCCAAGGGAAGGCCCAAUGUUAGGGAAAUUCAAUUCUAGCCUGGUCCAACUAAGUUAGCUACAGAAACUGCAAACAAAACUCAACAGUUCAGUAAGAAAAGGAACCAAAAAGGACUUCUGCGAGCUCUUUCUCAAGGCUUAUUCGCUGAGAGAGAAAGCUGCUUUUGGCAAAAACGGUAUUCAAGACAACAAAGCUAAAAACCGAACUGUAAUCACAUAUCUACAACAUAUGAAUUAAAAUGCAUCAAAUGCAGAACAACACCCAACUGGUUAGAUGCAGACAAGCCACCUUAAAUACCAAAAACCUGUCUGGAUGAAAAAAAAACAUUGUCUGCCAAUGGAAAGGCUAUGGGAAGGAAACUAGCCUUUCUGAGGAAAUCUUUUCUCAAAGAGUUGGGAGCAUGUACCAACAUAGUCAGGUGGCCCUGUCUUACAUUGGAUGUGAGGAACUGGUGGGGCAAGAGCAGGACGCUCACCACAGAUCAGCACUCAAUUCCUAGAUCUCUCUUUCAGUUGACUGGGGGUUCCCUGGUUUGUCUAUUUCAAGCUACAGUUUGUUUGCCCUCAUCCAGUCCAUCCAACAGUCAUUCAGAACAGCUUUCUGUUAAACUCUGAAUUUAAAACCACUUUUUUCUAGACCAAGAAUCACGCUUGGUCUUUGAGUGGCAUGCCUGAAAUUAUCUCA